CAACAGCUGAAAACAGGAAAAGGUCAAAGUGUAGUGCUAGUGGCAGCCUGAACCACGAGGACUUCUUAUUUGAUCGAUCGAUCAAUGUGAUUUAAAUCGUAUGCUAAACCUGAUAGCGACUUAAAAUGGGAAAGAAUCGGAAAAUUAAAGCUGUUGAUCCGUUCUAUCAAGGGCCCAGAAAAGAGCAAAUUCUUAGAAAACAGGAAACGAAAACGGAGAAGGUAAAGGUGGAAGAUGAUUUUGACCGAAUCCCUUUUCGACUCCGUGAGAUCAUGAAGAGUCAAGAGAAGAUGAAAUCCAAGUUGAUAAAAAAGAAGAAAAAGCUGACAGGAGCUAGAGAUGUCGUAUCCAAAAAAGGUUCCGUAAACAAGGACCUGAAACUGCAAACAAAUAUUCCGGUACCACAUUUCCAGCAGCGAAAGAAUGAAUCUGAAAAAGCCUUUGUUAGACGCAUGAAUCGGGAAGUUCAGCAUGUCGUGUUCCUGAGUAAAAACCAACUGGACCGAGCCCCGGAGAAGGAGGUGCCCGAGGAAAGAGGAAAAUCGGAAAAGAAGAAAGAGCACGACCGAACGAGACUAAAUCGACUGUUUAAAAAGAAGGAAAAAAGAAGGGAGCAGAAAGCAGAAAAAGAAAUGUUCUCAGACAACGUACACUUUGGAGAAGUUGUUAUGGCACCUCCGUCACUCACAGCAAAACCCAGGAACUCACAAACCAAAACGCAGGGUUCCACAAAAGGGUUGCUUUUGUCUUCCUUACUUGGCUCCGGCCCUGUUUCACAUGCGGACGUCACAAAGCCUUCCCUGGCACGGCAGCGGAUUGUUCAAGAGGAGCGAGAUCGAGUGGUUAAAGCUUACAGAGACCUGAAGAAACUUAAGCAAGAGCGGCUUGACUCCAUGGAGGCCAGCGUGGGGAGACUGCUAAACCCUUCUUAGAUAAGCAAGAUGACUGUUUAUUUUCAACAACCUUUUAACUUGUCCUCUGAACUUACUUGAAAGGCCAGCAAUUAUAUUUUUCAGAUUCUG